AUGCCUCCCGCUACCCGACUUCUUAGUAUCAACAAAGACUUGCUCAAGCUAGACGUUAGAGAUAAAGACGAGCGUCAAGUCCCGCUUGAAGAGGCGGAUCAUAGACACGUUGAAUCAUAUCGCAAAGAAAUAGAGGAAGAAGGAAACAAAGAUGCUUUCGAAUACUGGAAGAAGGUCGAGGUAGUCAAUGUUUUACAUUGCUGGCCUGAUGAACCUCAGGAUGAACCGAAUCUCUACAUUCCAAAGAUUGACUCCUAUGUGCGCUGCAAUGAUGAUGGAUUCCUGGCACCCUUACCAGAGACUACGCCCGAUAGUUUGAUACAGCUCAGAGAUCUUCUCAAUCUGGUAGAGCUUGGAGACGAGCAAUGGUCACAUGAGCUACAGAAUCGACUCCUUAGGUGGUGUCCUCCGCGGGAAGUUUGA